GCUUGACUUGUGAAUAACUGUGACAACAUUUAAUUCCAACGCAUUCAUCUCGAACCUUAAAUCAGGGGGUGAUUCUUACCGUGGAACUACUUGUCUUCCCCCUCAGGCCACAACUGACAAUUUUCCCACUCGACCGACUCUCAACACCCCGCCUAACGAAAAUAAAAUCAUGGCCUCCAACAAGCCUGGUGCGGUCAGUUCCUCCGGGAUCACAACGAACGAAUCCACAGGGGAACGCUACAUUCCUUCGUCUGUCCGUGCCGACGGUUCCAAGCGACGAGAGAUCCGUGUCCGACCGGGAUACCGCCCUCCUGAGGAUGUGGAACUAUACAAAACCCGUGCGGCAGAGGCCUGGAAGAAUCGCGGAAAAGGCGGGGUUCCCGGUGCCGAUGGAUUGAAGGACGAUGAGGACACUUCGGCCAACAAGGCAGGUGGUGCAACCAACAACAAGAAUGCGAAGCGUCGCGAAGCUAGAAAGAAGGCCAAGGCGACACAGGAUGGUGCUACCAACGGCAAGGAUGUGACUCGCAUCGAGAACUGGCGUGCCGGUGCGCCCGAAGAGGCUAAGAAGCAAUCGAACGGAGCCGAAAAGGACGCAGCACAGACCGAGGAGGCAGUCGACCCUGAAGCAGAGAAGGAAAAGAAGGCCCGCAAUUUGAAGAAGAAGCUGAGGCAGGCUCGCGACCUGCGUGAUAAGAAAGCCCAGGGCGAGGCCCUUCUUCCCGAGCAGUUGGAGAAGGUGAUCAAGAUUCAGGAGCUGAUUCGCCAACUGGACGCCCUCGGGUUCGAUUCGAACGGAGACAAGAAGGAGGCCACCGAAGUGAAGGAGUAGAGGGAACUACCGAUUCGCAGAAGUAACCGUACUUCUUAUUGAUCAGGUCCUAUUGUGCGACUUUCUGAAGGUGCUCCAUUACAGCCAUCCCGGUCACUGGCAUCCAUAAACGGCAUUUAUUCCGGGUCUCUGGUGACUUGAUUGCUAGAGCAUACCAAUCCAUACGACAGUCGAUGCAGGAGUAUCAAACCAGACUUUUGGAAGCAGCCCGGCUUCCUCAGCACUAGAGCCAAAGCGUAUCAAGAUAUUCGCUACACGUCUUGGGCCUCGCGGAUCUCUCGCCCGAUCCAUGAUAGCCCUUCUCCCGACAUAAGCCAUCCGUGACAGUCUACCGAGGAUGGCCUAAUCCGGAUGAAAGACAUACUCUGUAACAUUGUUACAUUUUUACUGUGUUUUUAUACUAGCUUCUCGCGGUACCAAAUUGACAUCUGGGAUCACUACUAGCGAUAUCAUAUUCCCUUUCCU